AUGAAUUUGUUAUUUAUUGUCUGUUUAUUAUCAAUUCCUGAUCAUAUAGUUGGUAUUAUUAAAGAAAUUAUAGUUGAAAAUCCAUUUUAUCUUCGUGCACGUAUGUAUGAUUGUCAAACGGCUAAUGUUCAAUUUGAAAUAGCACAAAAUAAUAAUCAUAGAUUAUGUCAAAUGUAUAAAUUUACAAUUCGUCAUAAUGAUGAAGAUCUUUAUUCAAUGCCUGAACAAAAUUUAACAUUUUGGAGAAAUUCACUUGAAUUAAAACAUUUAACUGUUGGUCAUUAUAGAAUAUGUGCUAUUAUAUGUUCAGAAUAUUUAAAACAAUAUCAUUCAUUAUAUUAUAUAUUUAAAAAAACAAAUCCAUUAAAACCAAUAACAACAUGUGUUACUAUUUAUGCAUAUCGUUCACAUUUUCUUAUUCUUACACUUUAUUUACUUGUUUUUAUAUUUCUUUGUUUUUCACAAAUUAUUUUUUCAUUACGUAAACGAAAUUUUCAAGUAAGAAUUAAAAAAAGUUUAAUUAAAUUUGAAAAUAAUUUACAAAAAUGGCAUACAACAUCAACAUCAUCAAUAUCAAAUCAUAGUAGACAUUCAUCUUAUAUUCUUCAAAAUUGUUUUACUCUAUCAGCUUCAUCUAUUGAAAAUUCGAUAGCAUCAUUAUUUCAUUUACCUAUUGA